AAAUCACGUAAACAAAAUGAGAAAUACAACCGAAACCCGAGGUUAAGUUUCCUGCGGUCGAACAAUACGUCUACCCAUCAGUAUACAACACGUCUUUCAGUUUCGGCAUUUCCGUGAGUGAAUCAUCGAAUUCGCCAUCUUCCUGAUAGCACCCUGAAAAAAAAACAAUUUGACCUUCUCCACCCGAGUCUUAACAAGAUUCACCAUCACAUCAGAUUCAUUUUCAAUCGGUAAAAAUAUCCGUGAAAACAGUAAAAAUAAUAAAAAAAUAUGUGUUCAUGAGGCAGAUGUGACUUUAUUCGACGCUGGAAACCACUUUCGCCAUGAGCACGAGUGACGUUCACCCUAAAAAUUGAUUGGAGAUUGAAAAUGAAACAUCGGACAAUCGGAUUGAGAGAUUGAGACUGAUCAGACUGAUUUACUGUUAUCAUUCAAAUAUUUUUCUCUAGAGAGAGGAAGUUGUUUAACAUCUGUGAUUAUCAGCGAAAUAAUGCCGAUGUCUAUUGUAAAUUAAUCCUAACGGAAUUGAAGAAGACUUUUACUUGAUAGUCACACUCAGCUGCGACAAGAGCUCGACUAUUGGAUAAAAUCACGGACCAAACAUGGCGGGAUACGUGAGAUUUGCAUUUGCGAUAAUGCUGUGCAUCGCAAAUAUGAUAAUCUACGGUUUAAAAGUCAAUAUAUCAACGACGAUAAUAGGAAUGGUGAAAGCGAGAAAGGUAGUCGAUGGAAAUAAUGCAGCACAUCCUUGUCCCCAGUUUGAGAUUACGGAUGGAAUGAGUGGUAGUGAUGGACCAGAUUUUGACGGCCCUUACGACUGGUCGCCAUUUCAACAAGGAUUGGUCGUUAGCUUGUACUUUGCUGGUUACAUGCUUGGCAUGUUCCCCGCGGGAUAUUUUGCUGAUAGGUUCAACACGAAAUACGUCCUACUGACAUCUGUUCUUCUGAACUCACUGUUUACGCUGCUGGUGCCAGUGGUAGCGGAAUCCAUCGGAGUUCUUCUAUUUUUGAGAUUCAUGACUGGAUUAGUGAGUGCAGCUAAUCUACCAGUGGUAAACGUACUCGUUGGCAAAUGGGUAGUCUACGAGGAGAAGAGCACCUGGGUCGCCAUCAUCAACGCUGGAACAUCCAUUGGCACCGUCAUCUCCAUCUUCACCUCAGGAUACAUCAUGAAGGACAUCAGCUGGCAAGCUGUUUUCUACAUUCACGGAUGCCUUCCUCUCAUUUGGUGCGCUGUAUUCUUCAUAUUCUUCGCUGAUAAUCCAGAGACACAGAAGUACAUCAGCGAACCUGAGAGAGAACUCAUUGUGAAUUCUUAUGGCCAUCGCAAACCCCAGUCCGGAAAGAGUCAAGUACCUUGGAAGGAUAUCUUCACGUCGAAACCUUUUUGGGCACUCGUCGCUACCAAUACCCUUGGCAAUUUCUGCUGGUACUUCAUGCUCACGCAAUUGCCACUCUAUAUGAACAAGAUGCUGAGAUUCGAUAUCAAAAGUAAUGCUGUCAUUAGUUGCUCACCAUAUCUGAUAAAUGCCAUCACGAAUCCACUGUUGGGUAAACUAUUGGAUUGGGGAAGGCAGAAAGGUUUCUGGACUCAGACGAAUGCCAGAAAAAUUGCUGUUGGUGUCAGCUGCAUUCCUCCAAGUAUUCUGAUGCUCGCUAUUGCCUACUCCGGCUGUGAAAGAGUUGGGGCUACAGUGAUGCUCGUAAUCAGCAUCGUAAUUUGUGGUGCAAUCUUUGUUGGUCACUUAAUCAAUCAGAAUGACUUAGCACCGAAUUACGCUGGUAUUCUCAUGGGAAUGACCAAUACACCAGGAACAAUAUCGGCGUUCAUUCUUCCUGCACUUGUUGGUGAACUGAAUAAAAGUGGUCACACUUUUGAAAAUUGGAGGUACGUCUUCUGGCUGAGUGUCAUCUGCCAGCUCAUGGCUUUCGUCGUCUUCGUUUUGUUUGGCUCGGCGAAAAUCCAAAAGUGGAAUUAUCCUGAAGGAUCACCGGAGAGGAACGCAUUGAGAAAUGAGGAUACAGCAGAUCCUUCAGCUUCUAAAAUGAUCUGAAUUGUUAGGACAAUAGUUUAUAGCCCAUUAAAUUUUUGUUGACUUCUCAUUUGAUUCUGUCGGCACUGCCGUGGAAGCGACUCUAUUAACGUCGAAAUAACUCAAUCAAUUUUCGGUGAUCGGCUGAAUAUUGAUUGGAAUACAACGAGGCACUUCCACUUAAUCAUUAUUCGACUAUUUAUCGCACUGUCACUUCUCUUUAAUUAGUAUUCUGAAUGAAUUGAGAAGGAAUCGAUUCGUGCAGACACAAAACAAGUCCAGAAUAUGAAAUAUGACGGUUGUAUUCUAGUUAGAGAAUUCCAUAAAUCAUCGAUCACUUUUUGUCAAUUCAUUUAUUCUCUUUGAUUUAUCAUUACAGACGGUAUGUAUUAACUGCCGCACGACAUGAAUCGAUUUGAAUUUCGGAUUCUGACGGAACGUUUUCUCAAUUUCGAAAUACAAGAUUUGCGGAAAUCAUUCCAAUAAUUAUAAAAAAAAUAAUAAUAAAAGAACUGAAAUGAAAUUCAAAUGAACUUGAUAAUGCUCGACGGUUGCUAAAUGCAUUAAUUAAGAAUUUUAUAUUUUGGAGUCAUUCAUUAAAGAAAUUUUGAAAAUUCUUGAA